GUCGGGAAUCGCGAGGGGAGGCGGGGCGAAGGCGGGGCUUGGGGCUGGUGGAAGCUCUGGUGGGUAGGUGGGUUCAGACCGAGGGGACUACGGGUCGGCGUUGGGCUCAGUGGGCUCGAAACAAAGGACUAUCCGGUUGGGACUCGGCGCGGUGCCUCCUGACCGGUAGCUGAGCGGCUGAUCGAGCCUUCUCGGCCAGCCAGUGCCCUCGCCGCGCGGUCUCAGAAGGCUUCUCCUCGGCUCCUUACAGCCAGCGCCGUGGUGGGGGGCCCGGCACAGCGGCACCUGCUGCUGAGGGACCCCGUGGCCCGCCCAAGGUGCUCAUGAUGGGGCUGAUCUUCGCUAAACUGUGGAGCCUCUUCUGUAACCAAGAACACAAAGUAAUUAUAGUGGGACUGGAUAAUGCAGGGAAAACCACCAUUCUUUACCAAUUCUUAAUGAAUGAAGUGGUUCAUACAUCUCCAACCAUAGGAAGCAACGUUGAAGAGAUAGUUGUGAAGAACACUCAUUUUCUUAUGUGGGAUAUUGGUGGUCAAGAAUCACUGCGCUCAUCCUGGAACACAUAUUACUCAAACACAGAGUUCAUCAUUCUUGUUGUUGAUAGCAUUGACAGGGAACGACUAGCCAUUACAAAAGAAGAAUUGUACAGAAUGUUGGCUCAUGAGGAUCUACGGAAGGCUGCAGUCCUUAUCUUUGCAAAUAAACAAGAUAUGAAAGGGUGCAUGACAGCAGCUGAAAUCUCUAAAUACCUCACCCUUAGUUCAAUUAAAGAUCAUCCAUGGCACAUUCAGUCCUGCUGUGCUUUAACAGGAGAAGGGUUAUGCCAAGGUCUAGAGUGGAUGACCUCCCGGAUUGGUGUGAGAUAACUUUUUGCUCGAAAGAGACUGCUCUAUUUAUUCUGUGACAUGAACAUUUUCCUAGUACAUUUGGCUGCUAAGGCAGCAGCAUGUUUAAUUUAUAACAACACAAACCUCUAUGAGCAACACUUGAAUCAAGUGCAGCUGAACUGGAACAUAAAAAGAUUUUUUCUUAACUUUUUUUUAAUGCACUAAUCUUCAGUUGGAUGAACAUAAUGUAUAACUAUGUUUUCAGCAACAUAAUUCUUCUGACUGCUGAUUCUAAUUAUUCAAUGACUGCCUUGUAAGAAAUGUUUGUCAUAUGUUUAAUGUUUUCUGAAGUAUUGUAAUAACUUUAAUGACCAAUUUCUUGACUACCCCCUCUCUCUACCAGAUAAUUACUGGUUUGACAAAGUAGUAGUGGAAAUCAUCAGGUACUGCUUGCAAACUUAACCAGCACUAAAUAUUUGCUCCCUCUCCAAACCACUGAUCUUUUGGACAGAACUUAUUAUAGAGAAAGAAAUCUGCCUAGAAGUUAGAUAUGUGUGUGUGUGUGUGUGUGUGUGUGUGUGUGUGUGUGUGUGUGUAUGUGGAAGACUGACCAUCAUGAGACCUGCUUUUAAGUUAAUUUCUCCCACAUUAUUACAAGUCAUGGAAUAAUUUUAAGUUACUAUUAGCAUGGAAAUUAAAUAGGCUGUUUAUCUAAAAGAAUUAAAUUCACUUUUCUGCCUCCUACACAGGUUUAGUUUUGGCUAAAAACUAAUCAAGGAAAAAUAUUUGAAAGCCCAACUUUGAUGGUAAAUAUUUUGGAUAAAUCUGAUAAUUUUAAAAAUGUCACAUUAUUCAACACAUACAUUAUCGGAAAUUAUUAAAGGAUACCAGCACUACUAUCAAAACAAGACACUUGGAAUAUAUUUUACUAUCAAUUAUAAGCAACUUUAUUAUCAGCAAAAAGUUCAACUAUUCCAUUUGCAAGGGAGAGCACAUCUGCUUUAGGCAAUAGCUAAAGCAGAAGUACAAACAUUUUCGUUUCUUAAAAAUUUGAAAUUGUGUGAAUUUGAAUAGUGUUUCUACCACCAGCAGUAUGUUACUUAGAAAACCAUAUGACUUUUCCAUAAAUCUCUCUUAGUUUAUAGUGUAAUAGGCUUAAAACAGUCGCCAUCUUUAUAGAACAUGAUGUUCUGAAGUCUUUUCCUGCGUUACAGGAAACUGCUGAAUUUAAUCCUAGCUUUUAAAGUAUUACUAGGAGAUUGAAAGUUAACUCUAACAUCUUAUAAAUUAAAAAAUAGGAAGAAAAAGUCAUAUCUAUCAAAAGUCUAUUACAUAUCAUUCAAAAGUUUUCAAGGCAGUUGUCUAAUAUAAGCAGUAAUAUAAAUAGUGCGAGGACAAGUAAUUUUGAUCCUCUAUUUCAAAUGUGUGAUUUUGCUAUAAUGAAAGGGAUAAAAUGCAUACUUAGAGAAUAAUACUUCAUUUUUGCAGUAUGAAUACCUGUUCAAAAGUGGUAUUUUAAUUUUAAUAUUUUUUAUUGUAAAUUGGUUUUACUUUUGCUCUGUUUUCAGGUAUACUUGAUUUAUUAUAUUUAGUCUAAUUUAGUUGAAUGUGGUAACAUUUUCUUUCUAUUUAGUGGUAGCACACCCCCUAGAACUGAAAAAUGACCAGAGGAAAGCUUUCUGGACUUUGGGAACUAACGGUUUAUUAACUUUGUCUUGAACCUUUUUCUUAGUGAUUCUAUACCAGGUAGAGAGUAAAUUUUGUUUUUAAUAAAAUCCAUAAUCUAGAACAUGAGAGAAAAGCAAACAUAAAUCAAUAUGGAUGCUUUGUGGUAUGUGUUUGGGGCAAGGGGCAGGAGGAAAUAUGAAGAUACCAUUUACCUAAAGCACACUUUGCCAGAGUUUCUGUCUUGGUUACAGAGUUUAGCCAUAAAUACUGAAGAUAAUUCUCUUAGCUCCAUCCUGAGAAAACAUAUUUAACACCACCCCUGUAUCCAUUCUUAUGAAAUUUAUCUUCUUAUAUCUAGUAAGAUUGGCUGGUUCAGUUUUCUUCUAUCAAAUUAUACGGUUAUUUUUUUAUAUUACCACAUCAGCAUUAUAUUGAAAGUGUUUUUAAUAGUUGAUCAUGUUUGUCAAACAACUACUAGUAUAGAUUCAAGUUUGCUGUUUAAUUUUUUAAAAUACGAUUUAUUUUCUAAAUUUUUUAAAAAAGCAUUUUGUUAGUUUGGGAUUAGAAAUGGUUUAUGUUAGUUGUGUUAAAAAUGAAAUCGACAUCCCACUAGUUUUUGUGGCAAUGAUUGGGAAAAGUUCAAAUAGGAAAUUCAUGUAAGACUUUUUAAAGGUGUUUUAUAGGUUCUCAUUAGAGAUUUCCUGUUACAGUGAUAUGAACACUGAUUAUCCUUUACUCCAAGAGAAUGUUUUGUUUGACCCAAGCGGGUAUCUAAUACUAAAGCAUUGAUUCUGACAUGCAUUGUCAAUUAACUAUAAGAUACUAUCUGAUGAAAAAUGUAAAUUUGUAAUUAGUGCCUUUAUUCACAUUUUGAGAUGAGUUCUCAAUUUUGUACUAUACCUGUUCUUUAGAAGUCAGAUUAACAGCUGAUUAACUUGACAAUGAACUAAUUCGAGAUUCACCUACCCGCCAACCCUUCAGUUGCCUAGCAAAGUUUCUAGUACCUAGUGGAAAGCAAGGGACCCACCCACAUUACUUUUGGGAGAUUUUUCUAGAUUUUAUUUUUAUUUUGAGGAUGAAGAAAUGAAAGUUUAACAAAUCUUUUCAAUAUUUUAUUGGAACUGAAAUGUAACUGCCACCCAAAUAUGGCAUUUUUCUUCAUUUUGAACACUUUCUUCAUAUUUAAGCCCACUGUGCUUAUUGCAGCGCAUUUGGGAACUCUUAGAAUUAACAGGCCCUUUUAUAUGGGAAUAUACUACAUAAUUUGUAUUGUUAGUGUAAUUUAAUUCCUUAAAAUCUGAAAUUAUAUAUAUAUAUAUAAUCUUUUGGAAAACUCAUGGUUAAAUACAUAAUUUUUGCUUUUAGGUUCUGUGUUAGGUGUGCUUAAAGGUAUAAUUUCAUUCUGUAUUCAUUAGAAGAAAGGUAAUAAAUUCAAGUUUUAUUGUUAAAAAUAAUUUUUAAAUGGGCACUUACCCUUAGAGCCAAAGUCAUUUUGUUUAAGCAUAAAUUAACUUUUAUUUUCUAUAGCAUCAAGAGAAAAUAAUUAUUUUCCUAUGGAAACAGUGAAUGAUACAGGCAGUGCUGUAAACAGUAUUCUCGGAAGAGCUAUGGGGAAUCAACAAAGCAAAGAAAAUUUUAAAGAAAACAAUAAAUCUUUAUAUUUUUAAAAAUCUUUGGUGUAGUAUCUUAGGACAAAUUAGAAAUAGAAUUGUUUGUGACUAGCACUCAUUUAAUUCUUAGCUAUGUAAAACUAUAUCAGUAGAAAAAUGUAGUAGUAGUAUGCCUAUGGAUGGGUAAAUUCCAUUGACAUUUAUAUUUGAAGACCAGCUUCAUGAGUCUCAUCUUUUCAUCUGUGGCUUUGGAUCCAAAAUAUUUUAUAUCCAGUUCAAUUCUAAAGGAUCUUUUAUAUUUUGUUGGGAUAAAGUCACUUCAAGAUGCAGUCUUGUAACUUGUAUCUAGUAGAAUAUUGUGCUGGCUGUCUAAAGAAGUGUAUUUGAAUCUUAAUUUGACCCUUACUUGUCUAGUUGACCUUAAGAUGGUUACUGUUCACGGCCUUUCUGUUUUUUCCCCAUACUGUGGCACUUAAGCCAACUAGAACUCCUUAUCUUUUGGUUUUAAAAUCCUGAAUCCUUAUACACUACAUUAAAGUCAAAAAACUAAAAAUACUAGGGAAGGACACGUAAUAGGAAAUUAAGUUCACUUUUAUCUAUUCUUUGAUUCCCACCUCAUCAUUUUGUUCAGUUUAUGAAUACAAUCAAAUAAGAAAACAAAGUAUCAACUAGUAACUGCUACUCCGCUUCAGUUGAGCUAAGGCUAAUGACAAUGCAGAAGAGAAAAUAAGCCAUAUUGCUAAGAAAAUUCUUUUAAGCUGCUGAUAAAACACCAGUGUUGUGUUUAAAAUACUCUCUUCUAGAGUAUAGCCUGCUUAUUUUCCUGGCUUUUACUAAUUAGAAGUGGUUGGUUUGUUCAGAGGGUGUUGGCUUUAGAUGCUACCCCAAGCUCCCGGUGCUGUUUGACUUUUCAGUAUUGAAACAAUAGCGCAGCCAGGCUGUCAGUACUUUUACAGACGUCCGUGUAAAUCUGAGAGUAGUUUACAUUCAAGGUUGGUUCCUUCCGUAAUGUCUCAUCCUUACUCAUUUAGCAUUACUGUGAAGCCUGAAAUCCAAGGCUCCCAAAAAGUAUUUUUUUAAAAGUUCCAGGUAGCCAAAAAUAAAAAGAGAAGGUCGAUUAAAAAUUUUUUUUCUCCAUUUUAAAGUAGAAAAAAUAUUAUGUUCAACAGAUCCAAAAUCAGUUUUAAAUGUAUAUGAUUUGGUAAAAUGUUUGGGAAAGUUUAACUUGGGGGUAUAGAGUUGUACCUAGAAACGAAUGUCAAAACAGUUGAUAGUAAAGAUAAACAUGAGGUAGAAAAAUCUUCAAAAGGAUAUUAAGUAAUAGAAAAUGUGAAUGAAGACAGGGAAUUUCCCUCAUUUAAGGCACUUAAAAAUUAUUAGAAAGUACGGUCUUUUACUGUAGAGCUAGAUAUCUUACUUUUAAAGUGGCCAAAGGACCAAAGACUGAUCAGGUUUUUAGAAUUUGUUAGUGUUGUCAGUCACAUCUUUUUUACUUUUUUCUUAAACUGGUAACCUACAUUGUCUCCUGGAAAUGGAGAAGUAAUAAAAUGUGCCGUACAUAUCUUUUGGAAUAGAUAAAAGAGUUCUAGAAGAAUGGAAAUGUUCUCUUGCACAAACUUGUAAAAUUUUAAUUAAAAAGUUACCUCAUUUUUCAAUCCAUAAGGUGCUUUGCUCAAGCUUGUGGGAUGUUACACCCAUAAAUACCCCCUUCACCCAAACUGUGUUUGAAAUAUGCAAAAUUCACAGCUAAGGGAUAGCAUUCCUUGGAUAUUCUAUUUCGUUUUAUUCUUGUUUGCCACCAGCAGGGCUAACGUGGUAUAGCAGAUUCACUUAAUGUCUUCAUUAAAGCACACAGGCAAGUGCUCAGCCAGUACUUAAUUCGUUUCAUUAAAAAUCAAAUAAGGGCAAGGAAAAACCCUAAAAUCUGAUCGAUUAUAUUAUACUGUGACUGUAUUUCAUUCCGUGUUGGGAAAAUACCAAAUGACUGUCAUUUGAUCUUGGUUGUGCAUAAUGUAUUUGCAUAUUUUGUCCCUAUUCAUAAGAAAUGAUUAUUUUAAUCCUUUUACAUUUUCCCUCAGGAAGUUCAAGGACUCGAGAAGCCCCUCUUUUAUUCUCUUGGAGUAAACUGUUCAGUGUAGUUAUGAAAUUUUUAAUUUCGAUUAAAAAGUUUAGCUGCUAUUUUGUUAAAAGUGGAUUAUAAAAUGAUGGUUAUGAUUUUUUUUCCAAUUAUGUAACAGUUUUAAAUUUUACCCUAUUUUUUGCACAGAGCAUGGUUUUUAAAAAGAAAAGAAACAAAAACUAAAAGCAAUUACCGCCUAGUCCCUGGAUUUCUCCUAAUCAGAAUGUAAUGGUUAUAAUCACACAUUGCCAUCUUCAUAUAAAUUGGUGCUUUAGACCAUUAAAGAGGAAACAGCAGGCCCUGUAGAAUAUACUUCUUGCUUCAGAAUGUAAAACUGCUUUAAAGUGUAUUUAUAUUUAUGUUCAUUUCUUAAGGUUUAAAUACAAACUGUUGUUUCUACAAAAGCUGUAACAAUAUCUUAGCUAAUUAGCUUGGUCAAAAUAGAUGGUAUUAAUAUGGGCAAAAUUAGGCAUUGGAUCUCUUUGUGGGUCCCUUGGUAUUGCAUAGAAGGGAAAAAAGAAUGUGUUUCACGCCACCAACUGUGCUUCUUAACCCCAACCAAGCAACUGAAAUGUGUGCUAUUGGUCUAGUAUAUAGCAUUAAUAAAAUUAAGAGCAAACCAAUUACUUGAUGCAUUUACAUCAUCACUUCUUGAAAAUGGUUCAAAGCAUGUUCUGCUAAUGGUGGGGCUGUUUAAAGACCUGUUUUAAAUUUUUUUAAUAGCUUUGUUACUGUCAUAAAAUGCUUUUAUAUGUUAAGUUUAGGUUGCUGGUACUCAUGAAUUUUUUGAUCUCUGCAAUUAUGUUAUAAUGAGUUGCUUGCAUGCCUACUCACCCAAGUAAAAAGGAUGCUGUUUGCUCUGGAAUGUUCAUCUUUUAGACAGGUUUUGGCUCAUUUGCAGUCAUGGUGCAAUACAGUGUAACAUUCAUUUGUUUUCAGCAGUUUUAUUUUUGUCAUAAUAAAUAAUUACUUUUCCAAUAUGA